GUGAACAACAAACCGUUGCUAUGGUAAUCUCGCCGCCAUCGAAAACGAAAACAAACUGUCAAAACAUUCUCUAGCCUCUAGUUCGGCAAAACACGGUGCCAGCUGAAAGAGUUAUAAAAAUCAGUAACAUUAUAUUGCAACAAAGCAAAACAAAACCCAGAUAUGUGAAUAAUAAGAUAACCGUGCUUAAACCCAGUGCCACGCAAUUAUUGUGCAUUUCUUCGACCGAAAACUUCAUCCACACUAUAAUUAUGAGCAGCACGUUGUAGUGUAGGGAAGAAGCAAAAAAAAACAAGGCAGUUAGAGCGACACACGAAGACGGAACGGGAACGUCGGGAAGCAAACGAUAAUCGUUCUACAAAUUUGCACGAACAUUCCAUCCCCUCAGCAGCCGCUAUAACCCGGGCGACCAAAGGAGGGAUUUUAUUUCUACAAAGUAUACCAAUUUUAUAUCCAAUCCCCGCGAUAUCCUUUAUCUACCUAGCAAUUGAUGCAAUCAAAACCCGGCCCAAAUAGACGGUCAUCAUCUCUCGUGAGUGUGCGGCCGGGGCUGGUGUGGAUCGGACAGGAUCGCAAGGUUUCCGCCCACUGAGAACUGAGAACGAAAAUUAAAAAAUAAGAAGAAACAUCGCAUCACUCCUCGGAAAAAAAAACAGCCAGCCAGCCAGCCAGCCAAAUUUCAUACCGUAACAACAACAAAACCACGCUUCUUGAACGAAACGGAAGCAAAGCAAAGGACAGAGCCUCCAGCAUUGACAGGCACAACCGGUGAACGGGCUGUGUGGAACGAAGAAUAAGGAAUAAAAACCGAAUCACAAAAAAGAGGAACAUUUCGAAGCACAGCCCAAACACACACAUACGAGCAGAAACGCACGAGAGCAAAUUAUAUAAUGGACAAUUUCUUCACUGCCAUAUCAUUAUUCCGUCGACGGAAAUAUGAUGAGUGCAUCGAGGUGUGCAACGGUCUGCUGCAGCAUAAUGCCCUUCAUCAAGGUCCUUGGGAGCUGAAAAUGCGCUCCAUGACCCAGCGUGUGUACAUCGACGAUAUCGAGGCGGACGACGAUGUGGCGGAGGAUAUUUUGGACACGCAGACAAUCGCCACCGCACCCCGUCCCGGUACCUCCAUCCGCACGGCGAUGGCUAAGCCCACCACCUCCGGUACUACCACCGCAGCGAAUCGACCUCGUACCGGAACUGGUCGCCCAAUUACCGGCAUUUCUCGUCCUGGAACACUCUCUCUUCAACGACCCGCAUCCACGCUGGGCAACAAAACAGCCCUCAGGACAGGAUCUCGUACAGCGGCCGGAACUACUGCCGGAGGCUCUGCGCGUAACAUUCGUCUCGGGUCAGCCUCCAUGUUUGCCGUUGGUGAUCCAACGGGUCCUCUGUUUCACAUCUCUCGCUUACAUCCGGACAAGUACGCCGAGCGGGAUUCACUCUCGAAACCACUGUUUCAGUAUCUCUACUACCACGAGGGAGAUAUCCGCAAAGCGAUGGCACUGUGUGACGCUGUCUUGGCACGCCGCCGUACAGCCGAACUGCUGACGGACGCCAGUAGCGGUUGGUGGUGGAAUGCACAGAAAGCACGCUGCCUAAUCGCCAUCGGAAGUCCCCGUGAGGCGGAACCGUACCUUCGGAUUGCGUUGCAAGAUUUACACCAUCCGGAUGUGGUGUUGCUGUUGGCACGGAUCUACGUCAAGAUCGAUCAACCAACGGCAGCGCUGGAAGUGUGCAAACAGGGGCUGGAGAAGCAACCGAACGAGAUUAGUCUGCUCACGCAACAGGCACGCAUACUGGAGCUGGUGGGUAAUCUGACAACCUCUGUGAGGAGAUACAGACAAAUCUCGGCUCUGGACCCCAUGAACACGGAAGCGUUGGCAUGCAUUGCUGUAAGCUACUUCUACGCGAAUCAACCGGAAACGGCACUGUUGUACUACCGGCGCAUCCUUUCGAUGGGUGCGCACAGUGCAGAGUUGUACUGUAACAUUGGUCUUUGCUGUCUGUAUGGUGGACAGUUGGAUCUGGUGUUUCCGUGCUUUCAGAGAGCGUUAAGGAUGGCAACGACGACCGAACUACGGGCGGACGUGUAUUACAACUUGAGCUUUGUCGCGCUGACAACCGGUGACAUUCACCUAGCGCGGCGCUGCCUGCGUCUCUGCAUCGCUGCGAAUGGAUCCCACGCAUCGGCACUGAACAACAUGGCCGUUCUCGUUGCCCGCCAGAAGCAGUAUCAAAAGGCUAAAUCCUACCUGCAAGCUGCCCGCACCGCCCAUCCCGCCAGUGACGAGAUUGGACACAAUUUGAAAUUUAUCGAAAAUUUCCAAUAAACUGGUAUCGAGUUCAGCACCAAACCAAAAGCAAAAACUAGAACAAGAGAAAUCACCCCAACCGAAACGGUUGGGCCAUUCGGUACCGGGGGGGGAUAGAUAAAUAUCGCCUCUCAACACCGUAGCAGCAAAAACCAAAAAAUCAACCCCCCCGUCACCGGUAUGGCACGAUUCGGCCAAAUUUAUGCGCCAAAUUUCAUCACCUAUGUUACGGGCGCGUGCGCUCAGCAAAGCCUACUUUGUGCCGUUUCCAAAAGCACCAACCGUCCCGUGUCCAAAUUCCCGGAUCGGUACCGGGCCGGGAACAGAUGCAUAAAUUCGGGGCCUUUUUUUAGACAUUCUUUACCCGUAGCCGGUUUUAUCUCGCGAUCAUUAGUUUGCCUUUUUUUUGUCUUCUGCAAAAUGUUAAUCUUGCCUGCCAAACGGUUGGGAAGAUUCGAGCGCGCGAAUAUCCUGGUGCGGUUGGGAAGAGAACGUCGCGAGCACAUCGCCAUCUAAGCACAGCAGGAAGGAUUUAAAUUUGUUCUUGCUUUGUUUGUUUGCUGAUAUCUUUAAUCAACGCAAUGGGGCGUGCAGAACGCGCGUUGGUGUGCGGGGUGUUUGCUAAUGUUGUCUCGGGCGAUUUGCCAACUCAUUAGUCGCGCACAAAACGGGAUCGAGCAGCGAACCAAUCGACUGUCUAACUGGAUGUCCAGAAAAUUAUGUGAUCGGUCUUAAAAUGAAUUGACACAGUGUGACACUAGCGGAGAAUAAAGAAGCGAACACGUUCG